CUAUUCCUACGCAUGCUCAAGCAGCGAUGAGUUUCAUCUUAAACUUUUGGCUUUGCUGUCGCUGAAGCCUGUUGUUGAACGGUGUGAGAUCUUUCGAGUGUUCAUGAUCGAUUUACCGUCUUAACUCCGCUCGUCCGAUGUCACCAUGGCUUGCAAGUCGAGCGCGGGGCUGAAGGGUCUACGUCCGGAAGAAACGAUCAAACGGACGAUUUGACUAACUUCCACAGUAAAAACACUACGUAGGUACACUAGAGCACUCCGUUAUGCUUAAGUCCAGUAUUGUAGCUCCUUCCUAUUGGACAUAUACCUUUCGCACUGGAGAUCGAGAGCAAGCAGAUCGACCUUCUUGCAACAUGCCGCGAACUCGGUGUCGCAGUUGUAGCCUACGCGCCACUCUGCCGUGGUAUUCUCAGCGGAGCCCUCAGGUCCCCUGAUGACUUCGCCAAGGACGACUACCGCAGCCAGAUGCCUCGCUUCAGCCCUGAGAACUUCCCUAAGAACUUGAAGCUUGUUGGUCAGAUCACUGAGCUGGCGAAGAAGAAGGGUGUCGUGGCCAGCCAAUUGACGCUGAGUUGGUUGAUGGCCCAGGGUGACGACAUCUUCCCUAUUCCAGGCACAACCAAGGUCAACAGGCUCAAGGAGAACCUGGGGUCUUUGGAUGUCAAUUUGAGCAAGGACGAGGAGCAGCAGAUCAGGAAGGCUUGUGAAGAGGCAGACGUCAGCGGUGAGCGUUAUGUUCCUCAACUCAUGGCUCAGUGCUAUGCAGACACUCCAGCUCUGAAGUAAGCAAGGACCAAGAUCUGUGGACUAGACUGUAUAGUUCUGUCAGCGUAGUAUAGACAGCCAAAGCAGUAUCCUACUCUUCCAAUCAAUAGCAAUACGUCC